AUAACGGUUUCAAACAUAAAGUAGCGGCCGCUUAUGCCACAUCGAAGCGUUGGAUAAAAAGUGUACGACCAACGAAGUUUCAUGAUUAGUAAAAUAAUAGUAACUUAGUUUUCUCGAAAUAAUUGUGUGAGUUUUUGAAAGUGCAUUUUUGCGAGUGCUUUCUUGUGUAAAAUGUCAGUGAAGAUUAUGUACGGUGCUUUAGUACUAAUUUUUAUUUUUGUAGUUUCGGUGAAUGCGGGUUGUGUUUGCCAUGAGAAGGGCGUCGAUUAUUGUGAAAAAUGCAAGGCACCAACAUUUGUGCGGCCCCAACCACGUUACGCCUAUAAAAAUCCGGCUUUCGACCUCACACCUAUUGGCGGAACUUGCUCCUGCAACAAAGUAUUCGUUGAACCGGCUGCACUGCCCAAGCCAUGUGGCAAAAAGCCACCACCGCCACCGAAAUAUCCCCCAUGCAAAUGUCGAUCAUCGCAACCGCCCAGCUACUAUUCACCGUCACCACCAACGCCUAAAUAUUCGCCAGGAAGCGACUAUUACAAACCAGCUCCGCUACCACCAGCGCCGCCGAAACCUUGCGGUUGCGCUUAUGCACCAGCAGUGCCUGCUUAUCCUCUACCCGAUUUGACCUACGCAAAGCCCAAGAGCAAUUCCAUACCCGCUGACCCCAUUAGCAUUAGUCUCGCCUUGCAGGCUAGUAAAGCCACAGCGGUACCCGAAGCGAAGUUAGCUUAUGGUUUCGCGAAGACACCAAUCGACAGUUUGAAGAAGAUUGCUCUCUCUAAGGUACCGGAAGAGCAUCUUUUCCAGUUGAAAAGCGAAGUGAUUACGCUGAAGAAGCCUAGUGCUGCAGCAUCACCUUCCUCUGAAGAAGAAGAAGAACCUGAAGAGGAGGAAGCAGUUGAGUCACCAGAUGAAUCGCCCACGCUAACGUACAACCAAUUGGGUUAUGUGCCAGAAAAGUUCAAGAAUCCGAAAUUUCGUAAAAUCUCUUCAAGUUAUAGUGCUGAUUAUUAUUCAAAUGAAGCUCAACCAAUUCCAGACAAAGUAAGGGUGGAUUGUGGUUUUAGACCUGGACGCAUUGCGGAGUACAUCAAGCGAAAAAACAAUAAGCAUCCCGCUGACAACUAUUAGUACGAUUAGGUUAUGCAUUUUAUGAAAGCACAGAACGAUUUAUAACCCCGAAAUGUAAAAAAAUUUCGUAACCCUUAACACUUCGUUAGAAUAAGUUUGUUACCCUCCUAUUUAUUGUAAAUAAAACAUUAGCAUAAUAAAAGGUAAUACUUUUACUUGCUCCUU